UUGCCUGUGGUGUCUGCUCCGCUGCGGACAUGUGGUGGAUGCUGUUCCCCCGGUGGAUUUGGUUCGUCUCGGGACUGCUCUUGUGGAACACACGACGAGUCAGAGCGAUGCCGCUGGGUCAGGUGCCCAAACUGGUGUAUUCCCACGCGGGUCUGUGUCCGAACGAGCUGAACCCGAACUUGUGGGUGGACGCGAUGAGCACCUGCAUGAGAGAGUGCGAGUCUGAUCAGGACUGCGAGUCUUUUGAGAAGUGUUGUCCCAAUGUGUGCGGAAACAAAAGCUGUGUGGCGGCGCGUUACAUCGAUGUCAAAGGCAACAAGGGCCCCAUUGGAAUGCCGAAGGGGGCCACCUGCGACAAGUUCAUGUGCUCCCAGCAGGGCUCCGAGUGCGACAUCUGGGACGGACAGCCCGUGUGCAAGUGCCGCGACCGCUGCGAGAGGGAGCCCCAUUUCACGUGCGCGUCUGACGGGAUGACCUACUACAACAAGUGCUACAUGGACGCGGAGGCCUGCUCCAAGGGUAUCUCUAUCACUGAGGUCACCUGCAGAUUCCACCUGACCUGGCCCAACACCAGCCCCCUACCUGACGAGACCACCCUCCACCCAACCACCGCCCUGCAGACCACCCUCCCCGCGGACAUCCAGCCGCCCGCCAUCCACAGCCCCGUCACCCGGCAGACCGUUUUCGUGGGCGACACUGCCAGCUUCCUGUGCGAGGUGUCCGGCAAGCCCCAUCCGGACAUCACUUGGGAGAAGCAGAUCAAGGGCCGCGAGAACACCGUGCUCCGGCCCAACCACGUCAGGGGCAACACUGUGGUCACCAACAUCGGCCAGCUGGUCAUCUACAACGCGCAACUGCAAGAUGCCGGCAUCUACACCUGCACUGCCAAGAACGUAGGGGGUAGCGCAUCUGCUCACUUCCCUCUGGCGGUCAUCAAGAAAGAAGCAAGAGUCAACAGUACAAAUCUACCAUUCCCAGCUGAGGAAUGCCUGAAGUCGCCGGAUACGGAUCACUGUGGGGAGGAUACAAUGAGCUGGUACUACGAAUCCAAGCGGAACAACUGCUUCCCGUUCACCUACAGCCAGUGCAACAAAAACCGCAACCACUUCGACACAUACGAAGCCUGCAUGCUAUCCUGCGGGGGUGAGCUAGCCGCGCCGUGCAGCCUGCCUAGCCUCCAGGGUCCCUGCAAGUCCUACGAACCUCGAUGGGCGUACAGCAGCGUCCUCAAGAAAUGCCAAUCGUUCGUUUACGGAGGCUGCGGCGGCAAUGAGAACAACUUUGAGUCCAAGGAGGUGUGCGACGAGUCUUGCCCAUUUCCGAAAAACCACAACUGCAAGAUGUGUAAACCGCGCGGUAAGAUGAUAGCUAGCUUCUGUAAGAGCGAUUUCGUGAUCCUGGGACGCGUGACGGAGUUGACGGAGGAGCAGGAAUCAGGUCACGCGCUCAUCACCGUGGACGAGAUUCUGAAAGAUGACAAAAUGGGGUUGAGGUUUUUCGGGAAGGAGCCCCUAGAGGUGACUUUGCUAAAUAUGAACUGGAAUUGCCCCUGUCCGAACAUCACGGUAGCAGACAGUGCGAUCAUCAUCAUGGGGGACGUCCACAAUGGCAUGGCCGUGUUGCAGCCAGAUAGCUUUGUCGGUGCGUCAAGCAGCAGGAGGGUAAGGAAGCUACGCGAGGUGGUGCACAAGAAUACCUGCCACUUUCUCAAAGAGUUCCCCGCUGCUCAGUAGGUUCAACUGGGCUGUAGAAGGAUCAGGAACAGAGGUGGGUAGGAUACGCAAUGUAUUUUACUCAAGUAAGAUACUACUACUACUAAAGUACUCUUACUAAAAUAUAAGUUAAUUAAAAGUAGUGAUUCAAGUAAUUAUUCACGUAAAAAGUAUUUGUGAAACUAGUGCAAAUUCUACUUAUGUACGUUUUAAAAGUUAAGUCUUAUAGAUAUGAUCAUGAAGACAAAAAUAUAUGAAACAAUGUGAAAAUGCUGGUCUUUUCACAUAAAUCUGAAGGUUGUGUUCACGCUAAUUAAACUGGAAGUAAACCCUGACUAGACCAGGUCUAAGUCAGGACUAGAACAGUACCAAAUCAAGUCUACCGGAAGAACUAAACUGGGACCAAACUAGAAACAAACCAACCUAAACCAAACCUAACUCAGAUUAGAAUUGUGAACGCAGUCUAUGGUAGAAAUAACGCUUUCAAAGGUGUUCUUCAUACUAAACAGUUUUGUCACUUUUAGACUUACACACAUGGGUAAAAAAAUAAUACAGUAAUGUAACUUAAGUACAAAUAAAAAGUGCAGUAAAUAUUACAGUAUCUGACUGCUGCCCACCCACCUCUGCUCAGACUGGCUCAGGACCUCACCUCACCAGCUCACACUCUUCAGGUACGUGCUCUCCGCAGAGGGCACUGUCAGGGCAUCGCAUAGGCAUUAGCAUGGACAUUAGCAUACAUACUGUGUACUCGGCCUCCGAAAUCUACUUGGGUUCAGCUUCUGGUGUUUACACUACGCAAUAGGACGCAAGUACCAGAGGAGCAGUACGGUGGGCUGUUUCUCCUGUUAAAGCAGAAAUGCCAAACCGAGACGUACAGUACAGUGGCUCUGAAGGACAAAACAUGCAC